AUGAAGAUCUUGGAUGCCGGUACCGAAGUCCUCGACGACUACGAUGUCCUAAAGUUCAUCCGCGACAAGCGCGCUCAAAUCAAGGCCGAGAAGGACCAAGCAAAAGAAGAAGGACGACCAAACUCACACAGGCCCGCCAACUUCAUGAAGUCGUUGCAAAGGUAUCGCACAUCAGACCGUUCUUUCUUGAACAACCCUAAAUACGACAACGACUCGCAAUACCUCAACAAGCUGAUGCAAACUCUGGGUCCAAGAGUGCACCUGACAAAGUCCGAGUACUUGAUCCUCGCCAAUCAACGCCCUUACAGACGCGCCCACCUUGCCGCCAUGAUCGAAGACGCCGAUACUCGCUUCACUCUGGAGGAGCAGAAUUUCAUCAGAGAUACCGUAGCUGAGAUCCUGGGCUUCCCGGAGGAAGAUGGUGAAAAUCUGGAUGCCAAACCUGUUGAAGUCAAAGGCUGA